AUGUCUUGUAAUAUUUCCUCCAAUAAUAUUACUUCUUCCAUUCAUCAGAUGGUUCUUCUUACUGAAAUAUUUAUGAUGCUCCUGUUUAUUAUGUUAUCCAAAACAAGUGCUACUGAUGAUUUUAACAUUACUUCGUUAGAGAGAAAAGCUUUGCUUGCAACUAAAUGGUGGCCGGGGCAUUUAAAUGCUUCAUAUCAUUGUAGAGAUUGGAAUGAAAUCACAUGCAAUGAAGCAGGAAGUGUAGUUUCUAUAGAGAUCUUCGACCCCAUUUAUGGUUCCUCUGAUGAAGGUCCACAUGAUCUGCGAAGCCUAGACUUUUCUGCAUUUCCUAACCUUGGUAGCCUUUUCAUUCAAAGCUUUAGGCUUGAAGGAAGCAUUCCAGAGGAGAUUGGUUUGCUAUCAAAUCUGAGCGUGCUCUCACUUGCAGGGAAUCGCCUCACUGGUACGUUACCUGUUUCACUCACCAAUCUCGCCCAUUUAGAACACCUCGAUCUUGCUGGUAACAAUUUCAGUGGUAACAUACCUGUUUCACUCACCAAUCUCACCCAUUUAAGAUACCUUUAUCUUUCUGGUAACAAUUUCAGUGGUAACAUACCUGUUUCACUCACCAAUCUCGCCCAUUUAGAAAUCCUUGCUCUUUCUAGCAACAAUUUCAGUGGUAACAUACCUGUUUCACUCGCCAAUCUCACCCAUUUAGAAUACCUUUAUCUCAGUGGAAACCAACUUAUUGGUCCAAUCCCACCAUCUUUUGGUUCCAUGGUAAAUCUCACAGUCCUUGACUUGAGCACAAAUCACUUGAAUGCAUCUAUCCCACAGGAACUAAGUAACUUGCAAUACUUAGAAGUGCUGAACCUGGGCGACAACUUUCUUCAUGGCCCAAUCCCUAUUAUAAGUUUUCGUAAUCUUAGCAAACUGAAAUUUUUAAACCUCGGCAUGAACCGCAUCAGUGGCCCCAUCCCUCUAGGAUUAGCAAAUUUGACCUACUUAGAUUCUCUCGACCUUAAUCAUAACUAUCUUGAGGGUCCUCUUCCUCAAGAAUCUGAAAAGCUGUCAAAACUUUCUUAUCUUGAUCUUUCAUUUAACAAUCUUUCAGGAAACGUCAUGAAGUUUCAAGAUCCAUGUAAUCUGAGACAUUUAGACCUAUCUAAUAAUCUUUUGACUGGAGGCAUCACAACACCACAUGUUUGCAAUUUUUUAAACUAUCUGGACCUUAGUAGUAAUAAUUUAGUAGGAGAGAUAUCAACUUUAGAUUUCUACAAUUUUCUCACACACAUUAAUUUUUCUAACAAUCAUCUCACAGGGAUCAUUCCUGAUAAUCUAGAAAACCAGUACGUAGAUAUUGACUUAUCAAACAAUGACUUCACUCGAAAAUCUACCCAAAAAAACAACAAGCACAUUGUCUAUUUGGACAUUUUUCUUCCUCUCUUCUUUGGAAUUAGCUUCUUAAUGAUUUGUUGUGUGCUUUACCGUCGUAAAAAGGUUCCCACAGAGAAAAUUCAUAUUGAAACGAUAAAACAUGGAGAUGUGUGCUCCAUAUUGAACUACGAUGGAACAAUUGCAUACGAAGACUUCAUCACGGCUACAGAGGACUUUGACCUCAAAUACUGCAUUGGAACCGGUGGAUAUGGCAGUAUUUAUGAAGCCAAACUGCCUAGUGGUAGGGUAUUUGCUUUAAAAAAACUCCAUCGGUUUGAAGCAGAGCAGCCAGCAUUUGACCAAAGUUUUAAGAAUGAGGUCCAAAUGUUAACCAACCUAAGGCACAAAAACAUUGUCAAACUGUAUGGUUUUUGUUUACAUAACAAAUGCAACUUCCUUGUUUAUGAAUAUAUGGAAAAGGGUAGCUUGUUUUGCGCUCUGAGUAACAGUGAAUUUGCCGUCCAAUUGGAUUGGAUCAACAGGGUGAACAUUGUCAAACAGGUAGCUCAUGCCUUGGCAUAUAUGCAUCAUGAUUGUAUACCACCAAUCAUUCAUAGAGACAUAUCAAGCAACAACAUUCUAUUGAACUCCGAGAUGGAAGGAUUUGUCGCCGAUUUUGGAGCAGCGAGAUUGCUCGACUGUGAUUCGUCCAACCAAACGGUUGUAGCUGGAACCUUGGGAUACAUUGCUCCAGAACUUGCGUUUAGCAUGAUUGUGACAGAGAAAUGUGACGUGUAUAGCUUUGGGGUGGUGGCACUUGAAACAAUUUGCGGAAAGCAUCCCGGGGAUCUCCUGUCGUCUUUAAACCGUUCUAAUGGGCAAGAUAUAUUAUUGGACGAUGUAUUGGACCCACGACUGCCUUACCCAACUGACCAGCUGAUCCGAACGGAUAUUGCUCGUGUUUUUCAACUAGCAUGGGCAUGCAUUCUCACAGAUCCGAAGUCCCGUCGCACAAUGAAAAUCAUUUCACAAGAAUUUUCACGUUAAAACAAUCGUAUUCGUAUA